CUGCUCUGUAACACGAUGGAAAGGAAGAUGGAGGAGAUCACUGUUAGAGACGUCGAGAUUGGCAGUGAAACUGGAGGAGAGGAUGCAUUGGUGGGGAACGUGAACAAACUGAUGGUGAGCCCACCAGGUUACGCUGGACCUCCGCGAAAAGGACAUCUGGUUUUUGAUGCUUGUUUUGAGAGUGGGAACCUCGGCCGUGUGGACUACAUCAGUGAGUUCGAGUUUGACCUCUUCAUCCGGCCUGACACCUGCAACCCCCGCUUCAGAGUCUGGUUCAACUUCACAGUGGAGAACGUCCGUGAGACACAGAGAGUCAUUUUCAACGUGGUAAACUUCUCCAAGACCAAGAGCCUGUACAGAGAUGGCAUGUCUCCUGUAGUCAAGUCUACCAGCAGGCCAAAAUGGCAGAGGCUACCAGCCAAAAAUGUGUAUUACUACCGUUGCCCUGACCACCGGCGCAACUAUGUAAUGUCCUUUGCCUUCUGUUUUGACCGAGAGGACGACGUAUACCAGUUUGCCUACUGCUACCCCUACACCUACUCCAGACUACAGCACUAUCUGGCCAGCCUGGAGCGCAGGAACCUGCCCUACCUGCAGAGAGAGCAACUGGGACUCAGUGUGCAACAACGCCGUCUAGACCUGUUAACCAUCACCAACUCCGUCUGUCUAGUUGUCGGGAUGUGUCCCAGCAGGCUUGCCGUAGACUGGCAGAGUGUUGAUCUGACUGUCAGAGGGACUGGGGUUCUCCUUUGCCAGCCUUCCUCUCCUCCACUAGCUGACAGACAAGACCAUCUGAAUCCAGAGAAGGAGAAGAAGCUGGUCUUUCUUACAGCUCGUGUUCACCCUGGAGAGUCUCCUGCCUCCUUUAUCUGUCAAGGUGUGAUUGACUUCCUGGUGAGCCAGCAUCCAGUGGCACAGAUCCUAAGAGACCAUGUGAUCUUCAAGAUCGUCCCCAUGCUUAAUCCUGAUGGAGUCUAUCUGGGCAACUACAGGUGUUCUCUGAUGGGCUUUGACCUGAAUCGCCACUGGCAGGAUCCCUCUCUGUGGGCCCACCCCACGCUGCACGCUGUCAAACAACUCAUAGUGCAAAUGAACCAAGACCCGAGAGUUAGCUUGGAGUUCUACAUUGAUGUUCAUGCCCACUCCACCAUGCUGAAUGGCUUCAUGUACGGCAAUGUGUUCGAGGACGAGGAGCGCGUCCAGAGACAAGCUGUCUUCCCCAGGCUGCUGUGCCAAAAUGCACCAGACUUCUCCUUUUCCAACACAUCCUUCAACCGGGACGUAGUGAAGGCCGGUACCGGUAGACGGUUCCUCGGUGGUCUCCUUGAUGACACAUCCUACUGCUACACGCUAGAGGUGUCCUUCUACAGCUACAUGACAGCUGGCAGCACUGCUCCUGUGCCCUACACUGAAGAGACAUACAUGAAACUGGGCAGGAAUGUGGCUCGAACCUUCCUGGAUUACUACAAACUCAACAACCUCAUCAAGGACAACAGACCAACUCACAUUCACAGCCCUGAGUCGAAGUCCCACACAGGUGACGGAAAAGGCAACGGUGUUGGCAGAGACGCAGCAGACAGAGAGAGGGAGAAGAGCCAGGGUGUCAGGCACUAGACAGACAGCAUGUAUAAAAUGCGGAGCACCGUAGCAGGAGGACCCUUUACACUUCAUUGCCUUUAGAAGCUCCACAUCUCCCUGGCUAUAAAUACUUAUUUAACUAUAAACUAUCAAAUGUGUGACAUGCGGACAAAAAAAAUGCGGACAAUUGAAAGCCAAGGAAAGACACACUGGUUAGACAUCUAAAUUCCAUCUGAGGCCUUCAUUCAGCGGCUCCUUUUUUGUUUAUACCGUUAAAUAAAUGCACGUUUCCCCUC